UAUCAUUUUCCAAGUUGACGUGUUUAAUUUGUACUACGCUCCGCAGAAAUUGUCGCCACACCGAGCCUGGGGUUUGGUGGCUGGAAUAUCCCGUGUCGGCCUGAGCUGGUGGCGAGAGGAGGUGCCACCGUGCAACAGCAGCCCGGCCCGGGACGGGAGCAGCGAGUGGGGAGGGGCGGGAUAGUCGGCGAUGAGCUGGGAUUCUUCAUUUGCUUCAUGGAAUAUUUAAUGCUUCUGAUUAGAUUGUUCGAUUAUUCAGAGAGUAAAUUAUUUCAGUUUCUAUAGAAACGGGUCCCUGGGUUUUUCAUUGUGGAGAAAUGGGUCAACACUGUGGAGACCGGGAGCGCGGUUAACGUCGGUCAGUUGGUUCUGUCACACCCGGGGGUGUCUCCCGUCACCGGCGACAGGGAUCAGGUCAGAGCGAGCGCGCUGGCAGAUCUGAUUACAGAUCCCGGCUUAAACCCGCCGCCUUCACCAACUCUUUAAUCAGUUUAGAACGAGAAGCCCAAGGUUGGGAGAUCCGGAGGCAGCGUCCCUGGAAAUGUGCCCGUGACCCAGGCCGGGAGAUCCGCUGUUUCAACCGCGGGGAGACAGAGCGGCCGGGCCAACCUUGAUGGGCGAAGUUUAAAUCUCCAGCGUUGGACAUCGAGCCGUGAGUGGCGGAGACGGGAUGUACCCGAGCCGCAGGAGAAGACUGAGCUGGAGCCGGAUUCUCUUCCUGCUCUCGGCGCUGAUCAUUUGCUCUCUACUCCGGUUCCCCAUCGGAAGCUGGCCGGAUUCAGCACCUCGGAGACCGGGCGCCGGAGGGAACCCCUCCCCUUACAGCAGGAGACUACUGCAGGUCACAUCAUCUGGCAGCGCCCACACCGGACUCCCCGGCACCAGGAACUCCCACACCGGACCCCCCGGGACCAGGAACCCCCGCACCGGACCCCCCGGGACCAGGAACCCCCGCACCGGACCCCCCGGGACCAGGAACCCCCGCACCGGACCCCCCGGGACCAGGAAUCCCCGCACCGGACCCCCCGGGACCAGGAACCCCCGCACCGGACCCCCCGGGACCAGGAACAACCACACCUGGUUCCCCGGGUUCACUUUACCUUUAACCAGAGUCCCGGGGAACUGGUCCCCUUCAACCACGGCUCCGUCCAACCAGACCGGCGCCCCCGGGAGAAGCAGCGGAACGGAGAAGCCCCGUCUGAGAGGAUGUAUCCUAGUGGGCAAUGAGAUCGUGCCGGCUCCCACGACCGCAGCGCCGGUGCCGGACAGCAGCGGGGAGCCGGACCGGGAUCAUGAGCCGGACGGGGAGCGGGACCAGGAGCCCCCGCUCGGCCACACCAAGGGCGAGUACCCGGAGGAUUUGUUCAGCGUGGAGGAGCGGCGCCGGGGCUGGGUGAUGCUUCACGUGGUGGGCAUGAUGUACAUGUUCAUCGCUCUGGCCCUGGUGUGCGACGAGUUCUUCGUGCCGUCGCUGGGGGCGAUCAUCGAGCGGCUGAAGAUCUCGGACGACGUGGCGGGGGCCACCUUCAUGGCGGCGGGGGGCUCGGCCCCCGAGCUCUUCACCUCGCUCAUCGGGGUCUUCAUCUCCCACAGCAACGUCGGCAUCGGGACCAUCGUGGGCUCGGCCGUCUUCAACAUCCUCUUCGUGAUCGGCAUGUGUGCCAUCUUCUCCCGGGAGAUCCUCCACCUGACCUGGUGGCCGCUCUUCCGCGACGUCUCCUUCUACAUCCUCGACCUGCUGAUGUUGAUCGUGUUCUUCCUGGACAACGUGAUCCGCUGGUGGGAGAGCCUCUGCCUCCUCGGGGGGUACCUGGCUUACGUCAGCUUCAUGAAGUACAACGGCAAGGUCGAGCAGUGGUUCAAGCGCCUGAUCACCAACAACAGCAACGUGGUGAAGGCGAUGUCCAUACUCCAAGGCAGCAAGAAGAGCAAUGAUGCUGAGCUCACUGAUGAAGAACUGACCGAUAAUAACAGGCUCAAGCCCAAAGCAGUUCUAACACGAGGAGGCAGCACACCCUCUCUACACAACAGCACACUGAGAAACACCAUAUUCCAGCUGAUGAUCAACACACUGGAUCCCUUAACUGAAGAGAUUAUCACAGACCGGAGUGUAAAGGCUUCUGUGUCCCGGGAGGAGAGGGAUGGAGAGACAGAGGAGAAGCCAGAUCUCCCAAACACCGUGAAUGUUCAAGUGACCCCCCCAACUGACCCACCAGCCACGUCACCACCCGGAGAUAAGGAUGAUGCCAAUCCCAGCCAGGACUCAAAAGUAGAAGACGAAAAGGGUGAAGGGGAUGGAGGAGAUGGAGGUGAUGGAGGUUCCGAUGGCGACGACAGUGAUGAUGAUUCUGUCGACGAGGAGGAGGAGGAUGAGGACGAGGACGAGGACGAGGAAUCCAACGAUGAAGAACCUUUAAGUCUUGAAUGGCCAGAAACACGCCGGAAACAAGUCACAUACCUGUGUCUUCUCCCCAUUGUGUUUCCACUCUGGCUAACGGUGCCGGAUGUCAGAAACCCAGCUUCAAAGAAGUACUUCAUUGGUACUUUUUUUGGCUCAAUUUUGUGGAUAGGCGCGUUUUCAUACUUGAUGGUGUGGUGGGCCCACCAGGUUGGUGAAACAAUUGGGAUUUCUGAAGAGAUAAUGGGUUUAACCAUCCUUGCGGCAGGCACCUCAAUCCCUGACCUCAUCACUAGUGUAAUAGUCGCUCGGAAAGGCCUUGGGGACAUGGCAGUGUCCAGCUCAGUGGGAAGCAACAUCUUUGACAUCACAGUUGGGCUUCCAGUUCCCUGGUUGUUGUAUACGGUCUUUAACUAUUUACAGCCAGUUCCAGUCAGCAGUAAUGGCCUGUUCUGUGCCAUUGUACUUCUCUUCCUGAUGCUGCUCUUCGUGAUCAUUUCCAUUGGUCUCUCCAAGUGGAAGAUGAACAAAAUCUUGGGCUUCACCAUGUUUUGCCUCUACUUCACAUUUCUAAUCUUCAGUGUAAUGCUAGAGGACAGGAUUAUUGUGUGCCCAGUGUCCAUAUAGGUUCUGACAGUCUAUCCUUGACCUGGCAGAGGAGAAUACUGAGGACUGGGUCUGCUGCAACUUUAACUGGCUGUGCAAGAUGCAGAUGGCAAGUUAAUGGAGACAUUCAAAAGUAUCCACCUCAUCCAUACCCAACAAUUUACAUUUUGCUAUUGACUUUAAUAAACUUAAAGCAGAAUUGAGGGAGGCUUGCUGUAAACAUGGAAAUUAUUGGUGACAACUACAGACACUAGGAGAAAGGUAACACGCUUAUCAAGCCCCGUUGUCUUGUAACAGGUGUUGCAGAGCAGAUGAACAGUUUCCAAACUGGAUGUGAUUAAUGGUAUUGAAAACUUCAUAAUGACAUAACCUCAAUGUACAUUCCCACACUUUGAUUUUUAUAUACCAGCAAUAAGGCACAAAAUCCACACCAAACCCAGACUAGACAGGCUCUGUGAAUUCUGCUGAACUAAAUUGAAAACCAUUUUGAAAAAAAUAUUGUAAAAACAUUAUGGAAAAUAUUGAAAAAACUUCAGCCAAUGCAAUCCUGAAAAAGCCACAAGUGGACAACGCAUUAUACAACAGUUUUCAGAGCUUUUUAGUUAAUGCAAAUCAAUUUUUUAGUUAAACAAAUCAGCAUUAUUUUAGAAAGUGGAAACUUAAAGACAACAAAGGAGAGGUGAUGGACCGAGCAGUAACCAUGAAGUAUGCUAUCCAAUAGCCUCACCUUUGAAUAGUUAUAAUGACAGGAUCGAGGUAAACCCAUUGGUUCCAUACUGGCCACAUAGACAGCAUCUUCACACCCAGCAGUUUCAACCUUUCACCGCACUAUCUGCAUCAUAAAGAAUUGUCACUGUUUAGCAAUAAAACAACAUAAUGGAAGCAAAUAACAUUUUGCCAGGCAACUAACUUGAUAAUUGAUGUUAAAAUUUCUGUUCGGUUAUUAUUACUUCAGAGACAUGUCCUCGAGUCUAAUUUGAGAUUUUUACUUAUUAAGCAAGAAUGGUGGGGUGUAGAAGAUGGAUUACAGUAAGUGGAGAUGGAUGUUGCAAUGACAACAGACUGUUUGGAGGUGAAGGAAGAGAUUUUUCCAAUCUCCUACAUUGAUGAAAGAAAAAUAGUUUCUGAUACCAGGUGCCAAAGGCUCAUCCUGAUGGAAGUCACUUUUGCUAUCAGACCCUCCAAAUUGGAUCUCAAAUUAUACAAUUUUCUCCAGAAAGUUUCAUCAAGCAAAUUAGAGCAAUAAAUGAGAGAAAACAAACAAUCUGCUGGAGGAACUCAGAAGGUCAAGCAGCAUCUGUGGGAGGAAAGCAAUUGUUUUCGGUUGGGGAAGGUUUCGAAAAUUCCUUUCCUCCCUGCAGAUGCUGCUCAACCUGCUGAGUUCCUCCAGCAGAUUAUUUGUUGCUCCAGUUUCCAGCAUCUGCAGUCUCUUGUGAUUCCAGAGUAAUAAAUAUUUAUUGUACAGAGAUGAUCUCAUUUUACGAGGAGUCACCAGUCCUGUUGAACAAUUUAUAAACUAUUUUCAUAUAGAAAAUUAAAGAUGGGUUAAAAUUCUCAUUCCCGACUGAGUCUCAUUGUGAUUUGAAUAAACUGGACAUUAUCAUGGAUCUUUAUUACUGUGGAAUGCUUCAAAUAUCAUAUUGCUCUCUAUUUCACAAUAAACCUUUCUGACUAGAACAUAGGAACAGGAAUUCAGUCAGGAUGACCGACUGUACCUCAGCUCUACGUACCUUUCAUUGUUUCAGCAUCCUUUGAUGCUGUAAGCAGCCACACAGGCCCCCCGGGGAAUUCCACACUUCCACUUCCUCGCAAUUUGUCACUUCACUGCUAUAUGGCUUUGUUCUAAUUUUAAUUAGAUUUGUCCAUUUGAGGAAAUAGCUUCUUUUUACCGAAUUCUUUCAUCUGAUAUGAUCUCAAUGGAGAUGCGAUCAAUGAGAAAGCUAUUUGCUGCAAUGGAUGUGUUGACCCUGGCAAUCUGAGCAAGAACCAGUUAACCCAAUUAUGUGGGUAUUUAAUGAGAGAUACUGAUCUUCCCAUAGAUCCCAGAAAGAGGGGAGAAAACUUCCUUCAAUUUUCUCCAUGCUAUUAACAGCAUAAAGGUAACAGGAAGAUAUCCAAUGCUCUCUGUAGAUACAGAAAUUGUAGAAGUUUUCAGAAAUGUAACAUGCUAAUAUUCUCUAGACUAAGGUCUUUGUAGCCCUUCAGUUUGGUGAGGGGAGCGGGUUGGAGGGUGGGGAUGAUGUAGGGGCUAUAAUAGAAAUGUAUGUUGACUUGACAGACUGGAUCAGAGGGCAAAGCUCAGUUGAAGUUACAGUUCUUCAUUAUGUUGGGAGAGACAAGAGGGAUGAUGGAAUGCAAGAUUCCUGAAGCAGGCACUUUGAGUUACUGAGCGCAGGAAACAAGCUAACCCAGGAAAAGAAAGAGGAUAAACUUAAACUAUUUUGUUUUAAAAGAAAUCAAUGUGCAUUAGAGAAAGAAAAAAUACAACACAGUGACCCAACCACUUAAUCUGUUUCACGAAACAGAUGCAGAAACUGGAUCUAAAAUGUGUGUGUGUGUAUGUGUA